GGAGCGAAGGAGCGAAGUCCUGUCAGAGCGCAGCGGAUCGAGUGUCAGUCACCGAUGAAGAACACAGCAGCUUGUCGGGGGACACGAUGGUGUACACACAGGCUCUCGUCUUCGGGAACGGUAUGACGGCGCUGUCGGAGGACGGUGUAGCUGAGCUGCUCAGGAAGCUCAUCCAUCAGUUUACAUCAAAUGUUAAAAACGGAGUUGAGGACCCACGUUUGGAAGUCGGAUACAAGUAUAGGGCAGCAGAGAAGUUGUCAGAUAGGGAGAACCUGGGCCCCAUGGAGGACUUUGAGGACUCUGAGGAGAUCCUUCAGGUGGAGCUGGCUAAGCGGAUUGAGCUGUGCCUCUCUGAUGCCAAGACUUCCCGUCUCCACUGCCGCGAACUGCACCUGCCCCGGCAGCUCACGGGCCGCAUCGCCCACGACAUCCUGCGGUCCUCCGCCGAUGAGCCCUGCGGCCUUCGGGGGGCGCUAAUCCAGGUGUUCUUGGAGAGUAAAGGGACACUGCAGCCGCUGGGCACGGUCACGCCCGACCGCAGUGUCACACCCACGUUCGAGCUCUCCGUCGUGCUCAAGGCCGACUCGGACGGCUGGCCCGCUCUGAAGCAGCUGUUUGUCACGGACAAGGUGCUGAGGCUCUGCCCCAGCUACAAACUGGUCAAAAGGAAGCUCUACUCAUCCGCUAGUCCCGUCAUCUGCGAAUUUAUUUAGAACUGCACAUGUCCGGCUGUGUGGCACAGGUACACUACUAGCACAGGUGCAGGCACGGUGCAUUUUCAUGACGUUCUCAGGGAGACGGGGAAGAAUGGCCACACGUUCCGCUGACAAAACUACUGUUACGUCGAUCUAUUGGAGGCAACUUUUAGUUAAGUCUAAAACUAUGAAGCUGUGAAGUGAAAGAGUGGUUUGGUUGGGGAAAGGGGUUUUAGUACAUGUCAUUUGAUGGGGGGGAAUGAACACUGGAUCAGUAUUUCUGCAAGUGCUUAGGAAAAAGUUGUCUUUUUUUUUAACUUGUCCUUGCAUGCCAGUUACUCUUAUAUGGAUUUGUUUUUGAAGUUUUUAUUUGUAUGCUGGGAACACACCCUGGCUCACAUGAGUCCUACUCACUCAAAACUGUUGUCCUGGUAGCCACUGGAAAACACACCACCUGUGAAGAGCUGCUGUAUGUGUGUGUUGCAUGUGUUUGCUCUGAGUAUGAAUCAUUUUGGCUCAGGGCAGUAUUUGUGGCUAAGCAAGCUACAGUGCCCAGCUGUGUGUAAAAAGAAAAAUAUGUGAAUAUAAAGGCAGUGCACUUUGUAUAAUUUAAUAUUUAUGAAACUAAGGACAUAUCACUUCUGUGAUAGAGGUGGGACAUUAAAAGUGGUCAUUUUCUCAGUAUUAUGAAUAGUGGGGGGAAACGCAAUUAAAAUUGUACUCUUAAACCA